UAGUGUUGGGUUUUUAAAAACUCGAAUUUCAUACAGUUUAUAGAUCUACAUCUAUAUCUAUUUUGAUUGACUCUAGAAUCUAGAUUAGAUCUAGACUCUAUAUUGUUUUAAGAAUUAACAUGGCCCCAAAGAAGAAAGAUAAAACGAAGCAGUCAGAUUGGCUUCAGUGUUCACUCUGUGGGAAAGUCUUUGUGCCCAAUGAUGCAGAGCUUCAUGCUUCAUCCUGUGACACUGAUCAUGGCUACAUCGACAGAAAAAUUCUGUACGGAAAAGUCAUAAAUGUUGAAGGCAUUCAACUAAAAGAUGGCUCUCCUCUUUUGAAAACAGUAAGAGAAUACAACAGUGUUGUUUGGCUGUCCAUUCCUGCAAUGCAGCUCUGUGGCUUGUCUAUAGGCCAGCCUUGUGUCAUCAAUAAGACUGUUAUAAAAAGAGCUUGGCCUAACCAGACCCCAAACCUAGCCAGUGUUGCUAUGACAACAGAAUGCAUGAAUGAGAUGACUAUCCAGAAAGGUGACACUGUGACCGUGGAGAAAUUAGUUGCGAAAGGAGAAACGGCAUUGACGCUCGAGUUAAUUUUACAAGAACAGAAUCCGCUUUUUGAAACUAGUGAAUUCUGUGCUUUUGUGUCUUCUUAUUUAGAUGGUAAAUAUGUUACUCAAGGAACUCCAUUGACCAUUCAUUACUUUGGACUGCUGUGUCAUUGUCUUGUCUCUGGUGUUCACGCAAGAGCAGAAAAUGUUCAACAAGUUCCUGCACUUGAUGUCUUCAACAGUUGCACACCAUCUAAGGAAAAGCAUCAGAGCAGCCUCAACAAAUCGUCUCAUGAUGAAUCAUUAUCAGGAGAGGACUUAUUAAUAAAAGAAGCUGAUACCUCAUGUCUUUCAACUACAGACAUUAACUUGUCCAUGGCUUCCUUGAACAUUUCUAACACAUCCUUAGAAGAAAGUUUUUUGUUUCAAAAGUCACCAUCAACGCCGAGAUUCCCCAACAUCACAUCUCUAGGUCAGGUCUUUCUUGAAGACGAUCAAGACAAAGUCUCAUCUGGUUUAAACUUUUUCCUCGUGUCCUCCAAGUUCACCAAAUGUAGUGUAAAGCCCAAAAAUGGGAUGGAAGCAACGAAAUCAGACUUUAAGUUCACCUUGUCAGAUGUGGGAGGUUUGGCUCAACAAAUAUCAGAAUUAAAGGCAAGAAUCGCAAGAGCUCUAUGUGCAGACAGUGGCAGUUGUUGCAUACUUGUACAUGGACCACCUGGGACUGGCAAAUCUUUACUAGUCAAGGCAAUGACCACUGAGCUAGGACUACCAACUUAUUAUCUGGCAGGUGCAGAUAUCUGGAGCAAAUUAUUUGGAGAAGCAGAAUCUAACCUGAGAAAAACAUUUUUAAUGGCUCAAGAAAGAGCCCCGAGCAUAAUUGUCAUUGACAACUUUGAUGUGGUGUGUCCAAAGCGUUCAUUGAACACGGCUGGUCAGCAGGAACACAGAAUUGUGGGAACACUUCUUUCUUUGAUUGACAACUUGGUGGCGAUGAAAAAUCCUGCUCCUGUUGUGGUGAUUGGCAUCACCAAUAAAAAAGAUGACCUUGAUCCCGCUUUGAGGCGAGCUGGAAGGUUUGGUUGCGAGAUUGAAGUAGGUGUGCCAACAGCUGAUCAGAGACUGGAGAUUCUCCAAGUGAUGUUGACAAAUAUUUCGACCAAUCUAACUAAUGAACAACUGGAAAUGGUGGCAAGAAAUUCUCAUGGCUAUGUUGGAGCUGAUUUGGCAGCUCUUGUCAAUGAAGCAAUACUGCUUGCUACGCACAAACAUGAUCCUGACUCACCUUUAUUUGAAGUUACAUUCAAUGAUCUGGUUCAAGCCGGCUCCCAGAUAAAGCCUAGCGCUUUGAGAGAAAUACAGCUUGAAGUAUCUCAGGUCAGGUGGUCAGACAUUGGCGGAAUGUCAGAAGUGAAGAUGAGAUUACAGGAAGCAGUGGUUCUGCCUUUGACCAAUCCAGAAGUGUUUCGCAGGUUGGGUAUCGCACCACCAAAAGGUCUACUAAUGUAUGGACCACCUGGCUGUUCUAAGACUAUGGUGGCCAAGGCUUUAGCUACAGAAUGCAAGUUUAACUUUCUAGCAGUGAAGGGUCCUGAGCUGUUCAACCAGUAUGUGGGUGAAUCGGAAAAGGCUGUUCGGGAAAUUUUCAGAAAAGCAAGAUCCGCCUCUCCAGCUAUAAUAUUUUUUGAUGAGAUUGAUGCCAUUGCAUCUAAAAGAGGAAGUUCUAGUGGCAGUGGUGUUGAUGAUCGUGUGCUGACGCAACUAUUGACUGAGAUGGAUGGACUGGAGUUUCUGAAAGAUGUCUUCAUCAUGGCUGCUACCAACAGGCCUGACAAAAUUGACCAUGCUUUAUUGAGGCCAGGAAGAUUUGACAGUUUGGUUUAUGUCCCCUUACCGGAUGAUGCUACCAGAAAAGAAAUUUUAGAAAAGAAAUUAAGCAGAAUGUGUAUAUCUGAGGACGUCCAGAAAGAUUUGUUGGUGGAACUAACAAUAGAUUACUCUGGUGCUGAAAUCAUUCAAGUCUGUCAAGAGGCUGCUCUGUGUGCCCUGCGGGAAGAUUUACAAACCAAAUGUGUUCAACAAAAACAUUUUGAUCAAGCUUUGAAGAAAGUCCAACCCCAGAUUGAUCCAGAAUUGUUACAAAUUUAUCAAAAAUUUUCUAACUCAAGAUUAAAGUAAUCUAUUUAAAAAAUAUAUAUUAUUUUUCGUAAUAAUUUAAGCAUAAAAACAACAAAAUAAUAAAUGUUGAUAAAUGUUUUUAUUGACCUGCUCCAUGUGACAAAGUUCUUACACAGUUGUAUAAACCCAAAAAAAAAAAAAUUCAUUAGAGCAACUUAAGCUUUUUCAUUCCACAAUUACACAAAAGCCACAGUUGAAUUGCAGACUUUAAUGAGCAAUGGUCGGAGUUGACAGUCUUCAAAUCUGUUUAGUUUACAGUUGCACACAUAUAACGGCUGUACAGUUUGGGAGUUUUAAUUCUCCUUCAUACAAAAUAUCAAUAACAAAUGUCAUGCAGGCAAUAAGUGCAAUGCGUGUUUUUCAUUAUGAUUUCAAACAAAUGAAAAAAUACAGAUAUUGUUUGAAUGUUUUCAAAAUACGGUGAGCAGUGCAAAGACGCCAUAAACCAGAGCACAAGGGUAGGCCACCAGGAGCUGUUGGCUGUCCAUUUGUAAGGCGGAGACAAACAGCUUUGAUGCAGAAAUGCUGCACCACAGCACAGUCACUGAUACCAGAACCAAGCCAAAUAUUCCCCUG